CCCGGAAAGGUCGAGCUUUUUACUCACUAAUAUCGAAAGUGUAAAUGCUUUCGGUUCCCGUAAUGAGGCUGUCCGGCGUUUUAAUAAACUCAUCAUUCCUACUUGGUCUUUGCUACAGAUAGAAGAAAAAAGGUCCGAGCAGGUUCUGUGCCCAGAGUUUCCACAAUGGAGUCCCCUAUGUGUUUGAUCGAAAACGCCGGGACCUUGCGAGUUGUCCCUGAAGCAUUGUCUUAUCUGAUGGGGGUCAGUCAGCCCGUCGUGGUUGUGGCCAUAGUGGGCUUGUACCGCACUGGCAAGUCCUACCUGCUGAACAAGCUGGCAGGAAAGCAGAAGGGUUUUGCCCUGGGAGCCACCAUACAGUCCAAAACUAAGGGCAUCUGGAUGUGGUGUGUACCUCACCCCGUUAAAAAGGACCAAACUCUGGUGCUCCUGGACACCGAGGGGCUGGGCGAUGUGGAGAAGGGAGACCAGAAGAAUGAUGCCUGGAUCUUUGCUCUCUCCAUUCUUUUGAGCAGCACUCUGGUCUACAACAGCAGAGGUACCAUAGACAACCAAGCAGUGGAAAACCUACAAUAUGUCACAGAGCUGACAGAGCGGAUCAAGGUGAAAUCGCCUGCCAGUACUUCAUCUGCUGAGGAUGAUGAUGAUGAGGCAGAUGCCCAGUUUGUGCAGUUCUUCCCCAGUUUUGUAUGGGCUGUGCGGGAUUUCACUUUGUUGCUGGAAAUUGAUGGGAAGAAAGUAAAUGAUGCAGAGUAUCUGGAACAUGCGCUUGCCCUUAAGAAAGGAAGGGACAGGAAGACAGUUGACUAUAACCUCCCCCGAGAGUGCAUUCGGAAUUACUUCCCAACAAGGAGAUGCUUUGUGUUUGAAACCCCAGCCGCUCCGGAUAAAAUGGCCCACCUUGAGUCCAUUGAAGAAAGUCAGCUUAGUCCAUCAUUUAAGGCUGUUUCUCUUAUGUUCUGCAAGUACAUCUACCAGGAAAGUCCAGUAAAAAGAGUGAAAGGUGGACUUCCAGUCACAGGAAGGAUGCUUGGCCACUUGGCAAAGACCUACGUGGAGACCAUUGCUAGCGGUGGUGUUCCCUGUCUGGAGAAUGCUGUGGUUGCCCUGACCCAGAUUGAAAAUGAGGCAGCUGUGCAGGAAGGAUUGCAGGUGUACAGAAAUGGCAUGAAGGAGGUCACCUUCCCAGUAGGCAUGGAGGAGAUAUCCAAGCAGCACCGACACUGGGAUUCCCAGGCCAUCAAAGCAUUCUCAAACCGAUCCUUUAAAGAUGAGAAGGGUGAAUACAUGAAAAAACUACUGGAAGCCAUCAAUGAAGUUUAUGCUGCGCUUCUUGCUGAAAACGAGGAAGCCUCAGAAGAACUUUGCAGACAGCUGCUUUCACAGCUUUCUCAGCCAAUGGCCACGAAAUUGGAGAAUGGAUCCUAUGCUAAACCGGGUGGGUAUGAGCUUUAUUGUGUGGACCGCCAAGCUUUACUGGAUGAAUACAACAGAAAGCCCAACAAAGGAGUCAAGACGGAAGAAGUCCUAGAGAACUUUCUAAAGGAAAAGCACGCAGAAUCUACUUCAGUCAUGCAGGCUGAUAAGCAACUCACUGAGAAGGAGAAGAAAAUCCACGGCUAAACAAAUUCAGCUCUGCCAACCUCUGUUCGCGAGACAUCCCCCUAUGGCCAGGAAUUGUAGUCCUGCAUUGGACCAUUUCUAAAGCAGAAAUGCCCUUUUUGAGGUAAGGUGACCCAAACAAAAUUGCAAUUUGAAACAAAGCCAGUAAACAGUAAACAUUUGAAACCAGAGGAAAAGAUUUACAUUUGCGGUGUGAACAUAUUUAUACUGCUGUUGAGCCAUAAGUCUUCUUGUGAGAAAACCUGAAAAUGUCAUGCCAGAUGCAUGCAGAGUUGGCAAUUAGUUAUACACAACCAUAAACAACAUGCAACAAUUUUUGGUUCCCAAAUCAAAGCUUGCUACCAACAGUUCAGUUACAGCUGCCCUAAUCUUGUAUAACCAAGCUUCAGGACCGGUGCCUUCGAACCAAGUGGGUCGCUACUGCGGGCGGUUCAAACAGUAAUGUUACACCUUCCUUGCCCACAAAACCGUUGUUUUGUGCAGAGGUUUUCUAGCUAGAGGCUAAUUUGCAAACCUAGUCCUUGGUUGGACUUUUAAAAAACAGAUAAUAACAGCAAUUAUUGAUUCACACACACACACACGCACAUGUAGGGUAUACCUAUCCUUAUGGGGCCCACUCGUUCACUUCUACGGGAAAAAUGCUAACGCUAACUAUGACAACCUUAACCCCCACCCUGCACACACACACUCAAGAAAUGAAUGGAAAUUAAUUAAUAUAACUAAUAUAAAACAUCAGUGUUCACAGGUUUGUUUUUGUUUCAGCCAUUUUAUCACCUAAGAGCUAAAGACCCUGACAGUUGGUAACAGUUUUAUUGCUGAUGGUAACUUAAUCCAAACCUGAGGUCCUCUAAAUGAGAAUGAGGUUUGACCAAAUGAUGUUUUGUAUUUUGCUGGUUUACAGUCUCCAUUAGCUGCUCCUCUUGUUGGUGCUCCUGUGCUGCUGGCUUUUACAAUCAUUCUGCUCACCAACUCUGGCACAAGGCCACUGAGGCAUUUAAAUUUCAGUUUUAUAAAAAAGAAAUUUAUAAAAUUGUCGAAACUUAGGAGAUUCUACUUCUCCUGUAUUUUACAACGGUGCCACUUCAUCGGUUUAUUGGUCCAAGACUUUUAGGGCUUGUUUGUAUAGACACAUCAUAGGUUUUAAAGCAGAUUGAGAUGCUUGGCUCCAAACAGUUACACAGUAUGAGAGGUGAGACAGAAUCAUGACAUGCAGGUACAACUGGGCAGCUUUUACAGGUAAAUAUGGUCUUAUGAUACAGAAGCAGUUGAGGUUGGUCUUAAUGGAUCUGGCCACUUUCCUGGUGUGAGACUCAAAUUUAAGAUGAGAAUCCAAAACAAAACCCAGAUAUUUAAACUCAUUCACUUUUUAGAUUUCUCUAUGGUCAAUGAUAACAAUGAAAUUAUUACAGAUAUUACGUCUGAUUGGAAAACAAAUGGUUACGGAUUUGCUAGGUAUGAUCUGAACCAGUUAAUGACUGUCUGAGAGAAAUUUAAUUUGUUGAGUUUAUGUAAGAGCAUCUCAUGAUUCACUGUGUUUUCAGAUCUAAAAAAACUGCUCCAACUACAUUACCAUCAUCUAAAGAUCUUUUAAUAUUUUCAGUGAGGUAAGAGGUGACCAAUUCUGUUGAAUAUCCUGAGCAAAACCCAAACUGUUCUGGACAAAGGAGCUGAUUUUUAUCCAGGAAGCGAAAUAGUUGCUCCGCUACUGAUUUUUCAAUAACUUUGGAUAUGGCCGGUAAGAUAGUGAUUAAUCAGUAUUUAUUAACUUGGUCAGAGUCACCAGAUUUCAGGAUUGGAGUAAUGAGUCCUUUUUUGAGGUUGUCAGGAAAUUCCCCUUUUGCAAAUGAUAAGUUUGUUAGAUGGGUUAUAGGAUUUACUAGUGUGUUUCUUUAUAAGUUGUAUAUCCAUUGCAAAUAUGUCUUUAACUUUUGAAUUUUGUAAUCGGUUAAUUAUAUGCUGGGUUUUACAUGCGUCAAUCUUAAUAGUGGUGGUGGUGGUAGUGAUGGUAAAAGAAUCAGAAUUCUCUCUAUUGCAGUACAUGCAGUUUUGUACAACUACUAAAUGGUAUGGAAUUCUUGAAGGGAACUCUUAAUGCUUUGGCAUCCCAAGACAUUUUGGACAAUUCUAUAAUUUCAACUUUGUGGGAUCAGUUUUGGGGAAACCCCUUUUCUGUUCCAGCAUGACUGUGCCACAGUGCACAAAGGAAGGUCCAUAAAGACAUGGUUGGGUAUGUUUGGUGUGUGGUAGAACUUGACUGCUCCACACAGAACCUUGACCUCAACCCCAUCGUAUACCUUUGGGAUGAAAUAGAAUGGAAGUUGUGAGCCAGGCCUUAACAUUAUGUUAAAAAAAUAAUGCAUCGAUUUAAAAUAUUGACACAUUCUCAGCGUCAGCAUCAUUGACUAUUCGUGGCAGCCCUAAAUAUGUAUAUAUGGGUCAUAUACAUACACGCUAUACAUGUACAUGGUAAUAUAUACUGUAUAUAGUAUA